ACAAAUGAGAAAAAAUUAAACAAGUGAGAAAUAAAUUAAAAGCCGUUCAAAACUAAAAACAAAUACAUUCUACCUUUUAAAAAUGUCAAGCAAAAAUCAAAAACGUAUAGAUUUAUCACUUCAAAUUAUGCCUAGACUUGAAGACAUCGAGAACAAAAUUACUAAUAUUAAAGAAAAAAUUAUCAAUGUACAAUCUGCAACUGAAGUUGGUACAAAAGCGGUUUUAAAUGCUCUUUUGGAACAAAACAAAAUAAUAUGUAAUACCAUCCUCGAACAGAAUAAAAUUAUUUGCAUCACAGUGGCGGAAAACAAUGUUGGAAUUCAAACCAUAUUAGAAUCAUUUUGGAAAAAGCCAAAAUUUAUUGACAUAUUUCCAAUAUCAUCAAAUGAGGACUUAAUUUUUUGGGAGGAUAGUAUUAAUAAGGACAACAGGGACGACAUGUUUAAAACACUAAAAGCUGUAUUGGGUGAUAAAGGAAUAGUAAAGGGAUUAACUUCUAUUAUAAAGGAAGACGUACUGUUGGCGUAUAAUAUGAACGGAAUUCAUCAAAAAAACCGCUUCAAAAAUUUUUCUAAAAUUCUUGAUUUGCUUUUAACAUUCACGUGUCCUUGUCUGAUAAAAACAACAGUCCAAAAUCAUUUGACGAAGUUAUGAAAAUCGCUUUUAAAAACUUAAAAAAUCGUCAUUUCAAAAACGUUAGUGUAAACAAAAAACGAAAGAUUGAUUUGGAAAUUGAGGAAGUAUUUAAUAUAUUAUAAUUACUUUUUAUAUUAUUUACAUUAUUUAAAUAAUAUUGGUUUAUAAUGUACUUUGUGUACAUUCAUAUAGAUGUUUAUUUACUUUUUAUAUACUGUUUAUUAUUAGAUUUUAUAUUAUAAUUAUUUUAUGAAUUUGUAAUAUAUAUGUAC